AUGACAGAGCUUGGGCCAGAGAAACCUAAACGUGAGUUUAUGUUCAUCUCGCGCCAAACCGGCCUGCGGGAGUAUGCAGAUUCAGAUGUCCUCUUUCUGUUCGGCCCCGUCUGCAGAGCUAUGCGGCCUGACCAGACUGGUGUCCGACAUGUGAUGAAGCAUCACCGUAUAUUUCCUCUUCAUCCUUCGUCAGCCUUUUGCCCCCCUUGCCGCACCGCUUCCGUUUGCCUCUCCUUCACAGAGUAA